ACGCUGGAGCUUUGCCAUCAUAUCCAUCAUGUGGGGAGCUGGGUACCCCGUUCAGGCCUCCUUCGUACCACCUGGUGGGGCGGCCAAUCCGUUUGUGCCGGCGCAGCAUGCCUGGGCCCAGCAGCAGCAGCAGCAGCAGGGCCGGUUUUCGUAUGGUGCGCAGCAAGCUGUCCAGGCUGCUUAUGGCCAGUCGAGCUUGACUUACCAGCCCUUGCAGCAGAUGCUUUCCUCGGGUACCACUACCACCAAGCAUGCUGGAGAGGAGAAGUAUAUUGCGUUUUCGGAGGGCAAUGACACUGAGGAGUUCGUCAUUCAAACCCUGAGUGGCGAGUUCACGGUGAAAGGUGAAAACCAUGGUCGGCCGUUCUACCAGAAGAUGCCUGUCAGAGCUGGAACACCGCCACCAGAGGUCUUUGUUUACUAUUGGGAUGGCCGGGACGGCCCAUCUUUCGAAGGAUGGUGGUUUGGCAAGGCAGUGGGUGGCAACGAGGUUUGGUCCCACUGCCCAGAGAAGGCUAUGCUGCCACCACUGAAAGGAUGGAAAAUCCCCUUUCAGGGGCCAGCUAGAAACACCUUCAUUAUGAUGCCCAGGUCUGAGAAGCUCAAGCGUGAGAACCAGGAACGGGCAAGCCGCGUCAAGGUGCUGGAACAAGGUGCCAGUAACGUCAUCAACGCAGCGCAGAAGGCUGUAGAUGAAGCCAAAGUGGUGUGUGAGAAGGACCACGGCAGCUUGGAUCCUACAAUCCUCAAGGAGGUCGAGGCUUCUCUCAAGCCGCAUUUGCAGGCGCUGAUGGACCAGCUGAAGAAUGUUGAAUCCGCUGGAUUGGGUGAUGCCACCAAACAGUUGGAGUCGAAAAUCCGACGAACACAUGUCCAAGCCACUGAUGCGAUCUCCAAAAUCAAGGUCCUCGUUCCGCAGAUUAUGCGGGUGCAGCAAGAGAAACAAUCUGAGCAACGAGAUGAGAAGCUGUUGAAGGAAAUGCUCACAUCAAUAACUGAUAAGUUCCAUGCGGCAGAGGACCUGGCAGAAAAGGCUGAGAUCACUUCAGCAAUGAUAGAACAUGCUGGUGAGGACCUUGUGGAAGCUCAAAAGGCUGCUCAACAGACUGAGGAAUCGGCAAAGCAGGCAGCUGCUGCAGUGAAAGAAGCAUUGACCGCUAUUGGCCUGAAGUUGGCCAUGCUGAAGCAGUUCGAAAGUGAUCAAGGUCGGCUGAAGGCUACAGAUGCUUUGGGAACGUUUCGGGAGAAGCUGCGAGUAGCCAACCAGAAGUUGGUGCCUUUCCUGGCUGCACAAGACACUUUCAAGGCCCAGGCCGAGGCGAAGUAUUUGGCUGACGAGCUGGAAGCCAAACUCGCACCGGCAGAGGUUGAAGUGGAUAAGGCCGAGCAGGUUGCAGAGCCCUUGCUGAGCUUUGCCGAGGCCGCUUUGGCAGCUGGUCAGGCAGCGGCAGAAGCCACUGCGACUCCCAAAGCGAAAGCCAGCAGCUCGAAGGAGAAAGACAAGAAAAGCGAGACAUCCAAAGAGAAAACUGCCACCCUCAAUCAGCUUCCAAAGGCAGAGGUAGUCGCGCAAGCGGCACAGAAUGCCCAAGAAGCAGCUGUGAGCCUCCAGGGAGUCGUCAAACUCCUGGAAACCAAGCGCAGCGAUCAGCAAGUUCUCUUUUCCGCUCCCAUGAAGAAGGUGCUUGAGAAAGCUGAAAAUCGUGUGAAGAAUGCGCAGAGGAAGUUGGAGCGCAUCAAAGUUGCGCAGAAGGAGCUCAAAGAAAGAGAGACCAGCAUUGCCUUGGUCAGCGACGUCCAAGAGAAGAUGGAGUCGGUCGAGAAGGCUCUGAACCUCGCGAAGGAAGCAGUGGCUGCAUGUCAAGGUGAUGAACAGGAGAUGCUGAAGGUUGCAACUAAGGAGGUGUCAACUGCCAAAGUUGCUCUCUCCAUGAGACUGCUGGAAGUGAAGCGCUUCACGGCAGAGGCUGGCAUCCAGGCACAAAGGAGUUUGCAGGAGCACCAACAGUCCUUGCAAGCGUCUUUGGCCGAGAUCGAGGCACUGAAAAAGAAGGCGGCAGAGAACAAAGAGGUCUCCAAGCGUAAAGAAGCCCAGCGGAAAGUGGAGGAAGCGGAAGAUAGGGCGCAUCAGGCUGAGAAGUCAGCUGCUGACAUCUUUGAUGAGAGCCGCAUUGCCUCCAUGACGGCCAUGGAGAUCCGCGAAGCCGGAGAUAAAAAUCAGCAAGCCUUCAAAGGCACCAUGGAGGCUGUCAGGGCGGCCCAAACGAUGAUCACCACCUUGCAAAUCGAGGCAAAGAACAAGGAGAAUGCAACAACCCUGACACAUGACUAUGCAAAGCUGCAGGCACGGCUACGCCAAGCAGAGGCAGCAGUGGCACACUGUGCAGUGUUGCCACCGGCUGUGCAGGCGCAACUGCAACUGAAAGCUCAUAUUGACGAGGUGGAGUCAAAAGUCAAGGAUUCCGAGGCAAAAGUUGAGAUUGCCGAAAAAAUGGCCAUGGAAGCAGAGAAGAAUCCACUACCCGCAGAGGAAACCAAAGGUGACACAAAGACUUCGGGCGCAGGCGUUCCAGCACCAAAAGCUUUUCCUUCAAAGGCAAUGCCCUACAAGGGCAAAGCUUUCGGAAAAGGAGAGGCCAAAGGAGAACCUGAAGCCACCGGAGGUCCAGUGGAGAAGGCAAAAGCCGCGGUGGAAGUUGCCAACCUCGAGCUGAAGAUGGUGAUGCGCUACCUCGAAGCGCAGGCCAAAGCAGAGAGAAUUCCAGAAGAGGACAUGAACAUCUUGAAGGGAAGAAUUGAGGCCGCAAAAGCGAGGGUGGAUGCAGCAAGUGGCUUGCUGGAGAAAGCCGUUGAGAAACGUGCCAGCCUCGCACUUCUGGGCGAUGCUGAUAAGAAGGUUUUUGAAGCCGAGAAAGCUGUGGAAGCUGCUGCAGAAUUAGCAGUCCCUCUCCAAGAGCUGAUGGCGAGUGAGGAGAAAAAGCCAGUCAAAGCUCAAGGUGGCAAGACAUCGGAGGAGGACGGCAAGGAAGCAGAGGACAAAGAUCAGGAGGGUGAGAAAAAAGAAGAGAAAGACGCAGAGAAAAUGGACGAGAAAGACGAAGAGAACGACGAGGAGGGAAAGAAAAACAAGGACAAGAAGGAAGAGAAGGAAACGACGGAUGCACAAGGACAGGAGAAGAAGGGCGAGGAUGGCGAGGACCCUAAGGAUGGCAAGGGCAAGGGCGAUGAAGACUCCAAAGAAGAGAUGAAAGAAGAGAUGAAAGAAGAGAAGGAGGAGAAGGAGCCCGUAAAAGAAGAAACAGAGGAAGAUGGUGAAGGGAAAACGGAGCCGUCUCCCUUGGAAGAAGCUUUGGCUGCCAUGAACAAUGCUGCCCAGGUUGCAAGUCGACAGCUGAGUAGUGCAAAAACCACCCUUGCGGUGAAGCGCAUCUCGGCCAAGCGCCUGCCUGGAAACGCUCCAGCCACAUGCUUGGAACAGCUUGAUGCACUCCAGAAGCGCUUGGACGCAGCCAUGAAGCGCCUUGCGGAGGUCCGCCGUGGAAGCACUGAUCGGCAAUAUGCCAAAGCUCGCAAGGCGAUGGCACAAAGCAUUGAACAAGCCGAAGCGAAGGUGGAAGCAUCAAAAGAAGCCUUUCAAGCCCUGAUGGAUCUUCCAGAGGAAGCAGAUCUGCCCAAGAUGCAACAAGUUCUGCAGUCAGCUGCUGCAGCUCAAUCGGAGGCAACAGCUGCAAUCCAAGCUGCUCGCGUACCUUUGGUCGAAAGGCUUCAAAAGGCUAAGGCUGACGGUGUUACAACUGAUACUUCAGAGGUGCUGAAGGAGUUUCAGGAAAUGUUUGCCAAGCUUGCCCCUUUGCAGUCGAAAUUGGACGAGCAGCGGCGGGAGGCCAACGACAAGGAGCACAAAUUUGUGGCCUCGCUGCUGAUGCAGGAAGCCACCGAGAUGCUGAAGGAAGUGGAUGGAAAGCUUGCUCGGCUAAAUGAAGUAGCCUUGCCCCUGACCAAAGGGGAGGAACUUCAACCGCUCGCUCGCUUGGGCCAACUGCUGGAAGCGUUGAGACAUCAUGCAUCUUCGGCAUCGAAGACCCACGCCACUCUCUGGGGUGAACUGGCCAAAGCUUCUGGUGGCGAAGGAGGUCACAUUAUCCCCAAAGGCAUCACUGAUGCGCUGAAGUCGUUGCAGCCAGAACUGCCUGACUUGGCGGACCUUCUUGGUGCCACAGAGGAGGACGCACAGAUGUUGGCUGCUGGCCUCGCACGGAUGGAUCCCGAAGAAGCAGCCAAAGAGGAUGGCGGGAUCUCCGAGCAAAAGUUUAUUGAGCACAUGAAGGUCCGCUAUCUUUGUGUAGCAGUGGUGACUGUGACAUCGGAGCUCGAGGUUGGCAGCAACACUGUGAGAAAGCUGGAAGUGAACGAGGUGCUGGAUGCCUUGGGCGAGGCCACACGCGAGUCGAAGAGCGGGCUUGAGCGGGUGGAGUGCAAGGCACAGCAAGAUGGUGCGCAAGGCUUUGUUACAAUCGCCGGCUCUGGUGGGACUACAUAUUUGGAGGUCUACACGCCAUUCAUGGAGAGGGUCCGGGCUGCAGAGGAGGCACUGGCGGAUUCCCACGAGUCGGUGAGCUCCACGGUGACCUACCUCAAGCAGAAACACGAUGAGUUGAAGAGUACCCGUGGCUCACAGGCUCUGAAUGAGUUGAAGCAGAAGCUUCAAGACCUGCGGGUGCAAGCUACUCGCGCACAGGUGCAAUACAGCGAUGUCAAGCACAAAGUGACGGAGGCCAAGAACCGUCAUGACCGGCAGCUGGAGGCUCACAAGAAGCGACGCCAAACAGCAGCUGAGAAGUUGGCUGCAGAUACCAUCACAGGUGAGGCUUCAGCAAUGGUGGACGAGCUCAUCGCAAAGGCCACCAAUGCUUGCAACGCUGCCUCCAGCAUCCUCAAUGUGACUACAUCGGAUACUCCGUCUUCGACCAUUUCGCUUCAGGCUUUAGAGCAAGUCGAGAAAGACCUCCUUGCAGUGGUCGAAGCGUGUGCAGAGGGCGAGGGAAAGAUCAUGAAGACGGUUGAGAAGGAGAUCCGAAAUGCAAGCAAGGGACCUCUGGUCGAUGCCCGGAGAAUGAUGUUCCGACUGAAGGUGAAAUUGGCACCGCUCCCAAACAAUUGUAAGAAACAUUUGAAGACGAUCCAGGAGAAGAAAUUGAUGAUGGUGGAGGAUGUGCAGCGCAUGGUUGCGGACCUGUUGCGCGAACAUGCCAGAAAGAACAACCUCUCAGCAGAUGCCCUCUAUGAGCAACUUCGGAAAGUCCCUGACCAUGCUGAUGGAGCUGGAGCUGUCAACGGCAAUGCUGAUGGUGAUGCCAAUUCAGAUAGAACAGCAGAGGCUGAUGGAGCCAUUCCCAUCGAGUCCCUGCGAGCCUUUCUUCAGAGCGUCAAAGAAAUGGCGAGCGCCGAGCUGGACAUCGCGCUGCAAGGCUUCGAGGCAGGCAUUUCGCGAUUUGCGUUUUUCGAUUUGGUUGAGGAAUAUAGAAAGUGCGUGAAAGAGGUGGCUGUGACUGCCACGAUUGAGGUCAAAAGCAGCAUUACUCGGAAACUAGAGAUUGACGAGGUGGUGCAGGUGCUGGGUCAGCCAACCAUUGAAGAGGGCUCAGGCCUCUUGAGAGCACCAUGCCGAAUCUUGCGGGACAACAUUGAGGGCUGGGUUACACUCAAUGGCAGCCAGGGCACCGCCUACCUAAAGAGAGUUGCAAAGCCAUACUACCUGUGCGAGGAAGAGACAUCACUCCUGGACAGUUGUGCUUCAUCUGGCCAACAAGUGAGCACUGCUCGAAAGGGAGAGCGGCUGGAGGUUCUCGAAGGACCACGGCUAGAGACAACCACUGAGGUCACUCGAGCAAGAGGUAGAGCCACGAAGGACGGCCAAGUGGGAUGGGUGUUGUUCAAAGACCACAGCGGCCGAUGUUUCUUCGAAUUGCAGGACUUGCUCAUUUGUAGAGGGGGCGUUGCUUUGACGGACAACUUUGACAUAGGUGCAUGCAAAGCAAUCCGAAAAUUGGAGGUUGGCGAAACACUGCAGUCCCUGGAGGAGCCCAGGCAAGACGAGAGCAGAAGCUUGACCAGAAUCAAGGUCAGAGCUCUGAAUGAUGGAAAAGAGGGCUGGGCAACUUCACAGGGGAACCAAGGAACUCUGUAUGUGGUCGAAACCAACAAGCAUUUUACAUGCGCGGAAAGCGUAGACCUGGAAGCAUCACCGGGAAAGGCCUUGCGAAGACUGGAAGUUGGAGAGGGAUUCGAACUUCUGCAAGACCCUACCGUAGAAUUGCGGCAAGGCAAGAGCUUUGCCAGGGGCCGCUGCUCCAGCGGGCAGCCAGGUGAAGGUUGGUUUGCAAUCACCGGGAAUGUGCAGCCUUGGACACAUCGCGAGGAGCUGUCUGCGAAAACUCUCAGCACUGAUGUCCAGAGCUAGUUGAUGCAUCGAUCUGGCAAUGCGUGCGUUGAAAA